UUGAAGUGGGAGCUGCACACUUGAGCAGCUGACAGAUUGGAUUAAUGGAAGAGCGUGUGCCGCCGACAGGUGCAGUGCCAUUGCUGUUGAAGACCCGCCUGUCAAAAUAAGAGCAUCUUAACGUCAACGUCACACGAUCACGGGGCCCUGUGUGUGUUCAUAUGCUGCGCGGUCACGUAGACGUGGGACAGAAAACAUCGGAACCACAACGGGUGACGAUAACAAACACACUUCAGCGUCGGCAAACAACAUCGCGUGAAUGGCUCUAUGGAGCUAACGGUGCGCGGUGAGCUUACCCAACGCUAGCAUGGCAACAGAAAAACUACCAUCCGCAGCCUUUCAGAACACAAGCAGGGGAAAGACGCCCGCACCGCUGACACUCUGUGGUCGACUGCAUCACAUCCAUGAGGGAUUAAAAUGGUCAUCAGGGUUUACAUCGCCUCCUCAACGGGCUCUGUCGCGGUUAAGAAGCAUCAGCAGGCUGUUGUGGGUUUCUUGGAGGCCAAUCGCAUCAGCUUCCAGGAAGUAGACAUCACCAUGCUGGAGGAGCAGAGGCUCUGGAUGUACCGCAACAUACCCCGGGACAAGCUGCCGGAGAAAGGCAACCCGCUGCCUCCACAGAUCUUCAACGAGGAUUGCUACUGUGGGGACUAUGAAGACUUCUUCCAAGCAAAGGAGAACAACACUGUGUUUUCAUUCCUUGGGCUCAGUACCCAGCCCUCAGUGAAAGAUUCAGAGUCAUAGAUCAAACUGCUGGUUUGUGCGACGUCCACGUAACCUUCAAAUGUGAGGAGACGGACUGCAUCACUUGCUGUGUUGCAUCACGUCCUUUACCAUGAUCCUCCUGAUGCGACGCCAGCAUUUCUGCCAAACCUCAGCUCCCCCCAGGGUUUUUCGCCCUCUCCUGACUUGUUUCACCAACAUUCCACAUUCAAGAAGUGUCCGACUCUCAAGAGGCCACUGAAACUAAAAAACACAGAAGAGGAGGAUUAACCCCACGGCGGAUGCAUUUGUGUCUCCUUUUCAUGUUUAACACACUGUGAUGGCAAACACUGUUAGUAGCGUCAAAUCUGUGCAAUCUACAAGACAAUGCAGCGGGUUUGUAGCAUCGGUAGACUAGUUGUUUACAAUGCAGUGGAGAGGGAAGAAAUGAUCAGGUGCAGCAGUGCAGCACAAGCCACCGGAUUUGUGUGCGUGUGCGCGUUUGUGUUUCUGUAUCCAUCAGCAGCUGUUAACGAAGGCUUUGUUAAGUGAAGCGGGGGCAAAGAGGCAGCACUUAAUCUACAGUGACAGAGCAGAUGAGACCAACUUUUUGAUCCUGAUAAUACAUAAUAUAUAAUUUGCCAUCAUGUUUGUAGCUACUGUCAUCAACAACAACAAAAACACACAACUUGUGUGUUUGCAUCAUUCCACUGCCAGUUUGAUUAAAGCACUAUGUAAGCAUUAAUAUAUGUUUUUCUUAUUGUCUACAAGACUCGCAAAAAAAACAUACAAACAAUAAAGAACCGACAAUGGGUCA